AUGGCCCCGCCCACCUCCACAGCGCUCCUCGGCCCUCCCGUGGCCGCCCUCAACACCAACAUCGCUGCUGCUGCAGAUUCCCGGCCCACCAGCAAGGCGUCGUCAUCCUCCGACUCCGAUGACUCAUCCGUGGCGCCGUACGGCGGCGUGGCCAAGGAGGCGUCGCGGUCUGGUCGGGCGCUGGCCUACGCCUCGUCCGGCGACCCGUGCGUCGACUUCUUCUUCCAGAUCGUCCCUGGCGCCACCUCGGCCGCUCACCUGGCGGCACUCCUCGACGUCGCCUGGUCUCGGGACGCGCGCACCGCGCUCAGGCUCGUCUGCCACCUCCGCGGCACGCUCGCCGGGAACCUGGCCAUCUUCGCCAGGUUCGGCUGCCUCAAGGACCUGCCUGAGAUCCUCUACCGCGUACUCCACGGCGACCGCAAGGGCGGCGACGACGGCGACCGUCGCAAGCAGCAGAACGUACACCGCCACGGCAUGAAGCGCCGGCGCAGCGAUCGCGAGUUUCAGGCUGCCAAGGAGACGAAGCGCCAGGAGGAGGCGCAGCUCGCGCGGUCGGCGCUCUCGCGCUACGAGUCCGACGAGGCUUUCCGCUUCCUCUACGAUGGCGUGGCUGAGAUGUUCGCCGAGAUGCUGAAGUCCGACGUCGAGCACCUGCGCGUGGGCGACACCACCAAGAUCGGGCUCGCGGCCAAAUGGUGCCCGUCGCUCCGCUCGUCCUACGACCGUGCGACCCUGCUCUGCGAGGCCAUAGCCCGCCGCAUAUUCCCGCGCGAGUCCAGCCAGGAGUACCUCAACAUCUCGGACAAGCACUAUGCCUACCGCGUCCGUGACCGGCUCCGCCGCGAGGUUCUGGUGCCACUGCGCAAGGCCCUGGAGCUCCCGGAGGUGUACAUGUGCGCGUGCAAGUUUGAAGAGCUGCCGUACGCGCGGGUGGCGUCCUUGGCGAUGAACAAGUACAAGGAGGUGUUCCAGAAGCACGACAAGCACCGGGUGGCCGGCUUCUUCGACGAGCCAGGAGCCGUGGAAGGGCGCGUGAUCACCUUCAACGAGACGCGCCAGCUGCACAAGGUGCUCGGCACGAGCCUCAAGGAGAAGCUGCGGCCGCUGGUGGAGUCCAUGGGGAAGCAUAAGAAGGGCGCGAACCUGCAGGGCGUGUUUAGCAAGAUCCUGCAGCUGGCGGUGGCCGGCGGGCUGUGCAGGGACAUGAUGGUGAAGAGGGUGUUUGUGCUGAGCGACAUGGACUUCGACGGGUGGACGGGCACCGCGUCCCUGUGGAAGACAGAGUACCAGGGCAUCUGCGACAAGUUCGCAGCCGAGGGGUUCACGGCGCCGCAGGUGGUGUUCUGGAACGUGGGGACCUCCAAGGCCUCCACGCCGGUGGUGGUAGCGCAAGAGGGCACGGCCCUGGUGAGCGGCUACUCAAGAACCUGGUGA